AUGACAGUCCAUAAAUUCCUGACAACAAAAUCGGUUUUCCGCGACGUAACCACACCAGAUGGCACCGUGACAAACCGAAACCCUUGGUUCAAGGACUCGAAAACAUGGCCUACAUACAUGUACUUUGCCGUAGCAGCCAUUUCCACCAUUCUCAACUUCAGCGUCCUCGUCGGCUACCUGCGCGGCAAUAUAAAGAGCGCGAAUAAAUCGGCGUAUAUCUCUGCGACGUUCACGUGGAUUGUCAUGUUGGGGAAUCUGAUUGUUUGGAUCGUUGCGGCGGCGCUGUAUCGGGCGGAGAAGGCGACGGAUGAUCUUUGGGGUUGGGCUUGCAGUGAGGGUGCGAAGCGGAUCCAGAAGGAGUUUGCGGAUCAGAUUGACUUCAACCAGAGUUGUAACGUCCAGAGCGGAUCGUGGUAUAUCGGUGUCGCACAAGUGAUCGUUGCCGCCGUCACAGUCUUCACUUACUAUCUGGUUCUUAGACGUAAAGGCACCAAGAAGAAGCUCAACAAGAGAAUGUCGCAGAUGCAAGGCCAAUACCCUACAAACUACUAA